CGCGUGAGAAUCUGUCCCCAAGAAAAAAAGGAAGAAUUUUCUUCAUAGAACAGAAUGUUUACGAAGGAAUUCAAUAUGCAUUUUGUCAAACUUCGAAGCGAGUGGCCAACUCCAAGCGAUGGAUCAAGUUGUUCCACUCUGCCGCGCUAUAGAUCAGCGUUCGUGAGAGAGAAGAUUGUGGUUUGUUAACGGAAACUGUUGUCUAGGAGCCAAGUAAUGGGAAGCUUACGGACCGAGAAGUUCGAACAUGCGCACGGUAUGGUUCUAAAGUUGGCAACCGCGUACUUCUGAAUCGGAAUAUCAGCAGUGUGGACAGUGGAAUGUCAGACUGGUGGUUUGACCUUGAAUCUCCGAGUUUACAGUGUUCGUCAUAUCCCAGGAUAGCAAUAAUUUACAUAGUUUCGUCCAAUACACGUGACACUUUUUCUAAGGUUUAAUCUAGAUUGAAGUUAAGUGAUGUCGUAGAAUGAUUCUGUAGCUCUUCAGCUAGUGGCUCAUAAAAUUAGUUUUGAAAAGAAAAAAAAAAGCCAUCAAAAUUUGUCAGGUAAGGAGAAUAGCUAGGAAAUGUAUAAAAUUCAUAUUUUCUUUAUAACUUAUGCCAUUUAUUAAAAACAUAUAAAAUGACCGCCAAUGAAAAAAUUGUUUUUUUCAACAUCAUGUAAGACAGAAGAAAUAUUUUGUAUUGCCCACGAAUCAUGUAUUUGUAUACUAUAUCACAAAGCAUAUUUGUAAACGCUGUUCUGUCUCAGAAUUAGGAUCAAUUGCGACACUGACUUCCGAUCAGUGUGACAGUUGGCGUCUCGCAUGUUUUUUGUCCACAACGCGAAAUUAGAAAUGACUUUUGCUCUUGGUAACAGAAUCUAGCCAACCAAUUCUCCUUCAAGGAUGGUUACAGUCAGCAAUCGUGAGCUAUGACGGCAGAAGUGAGCUUCACGAAACGUGCAGCCGCAGAGCUCAGCAGACGAUUCAAUGGGCUCACAGUGCGGAGCAGAGGGUCGUCUGCACCCGCAUCCACAGCCCCUGCACCGCCGCCCAAGGGCGCGGGACAGCUGACGAGCUGGAUGGUCGAAGGAGUGAAGAGGCAGCCACAACAGCAACAGCAACAGCAACCCAAGAGUACCACCACCAACAAGAGGAGUGAACGAAUUGCAGAACUGCUGACGAAUCGAGCCAGAACCAUCGAUGAGUUGUGGCAGGACCCGCAGUUCCUGAUGAGAUUUUUCUUAUAUCUUUCGCCCCUGGAACGUGCCCAAUGUGUCCAAGUGUGUCGCUCUUGGUGCGAUGUUUUGUACCAGCCAAUGUUCUGGAAUGGAAUACUUCCUGUUCUCCAUUGCCGAGAGCUUAAAGCCACCUCUGGAGAUUUGUCCUCCACUUCAGAGCUGCGUAAAAAGGUGUACCAGAGCUUGGAACGACGCGGUUUCAGCUCCCUCUGCCUGCACGGGGCGGGGGAUGACGACGUGUAUGACGUCAUCAGCAAUUUCCCGGCCGGCCACGUGCGCCAGGUGCGCUGGCUGUCCCUGCGCUGCUGCAACCUCACUGACAAGGGCCUGGAAGUGCUGCUGGAAUUCUUCCAGGCCCUCUCUCGUCUGGAGAUGUCUGGAUGCAACGAAGUGACGGACGCGGGGCUCUGGGCCAGUCUCCAUCCACGCAUCGCCCACCUGACGCUUUCGGACUGCAUCAACGUUGCCGAUGAGUCCGUUGCCGCCAUCGCCCAACUGCUUCCAGGCUUGCGUGAGCUUAAUCUGCAAGCAUAUCACGUGACUGACGCGGCCCUGGCCUUUUUCGGCCCCAGGCCCCAGCAGAGCCUCCAGGUCCUCCGCCUGCGCUCGUGCUGGGAGCUGACCAACCACGGGCUCCUGAACCUGGUUCACGCGCUGCCCAACCUGAGCGUGCUGUCGCUGUCGGGCUGCUCCAAAGUCACGGACGAUGGCGUCGAGCUUCUGGCCGAGAACCUCCGGCAACUGCGUUGCCUGGACCUGUCCUGGUGUCCCAGGAUCACGGACGCUGCCCUAGAGUACAUCGCGUGCGACCUCAGCUUACUGGAGGAGCUCACUCUUGACAGGUGUGUUCACGUUACUGACAUUGGCGUGGGAUACCUGUCCACGAUGGUGAACCUGCGAAUACUCUACUUGCGGUGGUGUUCCCAGAUACGAGAUUUCGGUCUUCAACAUCUGUGCAGUAUGAGAAAUUUGCAGAUCCUCUCUUUAGCAGGUUGCCCUCUGCUGACGUCCAGCGGGCUUUCAUCUCUGGUACAACUGCGGGACCUAAGAGAGCUGGAGCUGACUAACUGCGCUGGUGCUUCUGAAGAAUUGUUCGAAUACUUACGGGAGCACCUUCCGAUGUGUUUAGUAAUUGAAUGAACUGCUCACCUUUCGGAGACCAGCAAUUCCAUCGACCUUUUGCUACGUUACUUUUCGAAUCAGUACAAAACUCGGUAGUGCAACGCUAUUCCAACAACGACUGUGAUGUUCAAUGUCAGCACAAAUAGCUUAAAAUCAGUGUGAAGCAUCGCUUCCUGAUGGUACUGUUUCAAAGUCACCACACGUGUGGAAAAGCAGAACUUGUCUUUGUUUCCUUUUUCAUCGUUUUUAUGUAUGUGUUACCGGCAACUCAUCAAAUUCGGCAUUCUAUAGAUCGCCUGGUAUGAAAAACUGGCAGUGUAUACAUAGACUAAUAAUAAGAGUAGACCGAACUUUCCCAGACUUGCUGAUGAAAAAAUUGGUUCAUGGAUACAUCAUGUGACUGGUGGAAGGCUUGGCGAAAACUUUGGCAGCAUGGUUGCUAGAUGGCAACAAUAUCUAUAGUUUGGCACUCGACAUGUAUUUUAAGUAAUGUGUUUCAUUAUAAUUUUUUUCCAGGUGCGUGAACUGUUUUUCUUUUAGUUAUGAAUUAUUUUGACAUUAGCAAUUAGGUUUUGAUCACAGUUUUCAGUAAUUUUUAUUUCAUUUGGAACUGCUACGUCAGCGUUGGCGUGAACGUAAUGGAGUAAACGUUUUGCGUUAACGCAAAAAUGUACUAAUCGGAAUCUUAAAUAGAAAUUGUUGGUAAAAAUCUUACCGUUUGCCGAUUCUAUUUGGGCGCUUGCAUCUUUAAUUGCUUUGAGAGUUAUUGAAAUUGACUAAAGAAAAUGCACAAUACUAUCUAAACGAAAAACUCACUAUAUUAACAAAAUAUUUACAACUUAGAAUAACAAAUUUACAAAUAGGAUUUCAUAAAAGAUCAUUCUUCCGUGUUCCAUCAAUUGUAUUUAUUUUAUUUCUCGUUUAUUAUGAUCGUCUGCUACGAUGAACGGCCGAUGUUGCUAGGAUAUCCACCAGUCACAUGGUUUGGUUUAUGAGCAGCAAAAGGGUUGCGAUAGCUCGGUCUACUCUUAUUAUUAGUUUAUGAGUGUAUACGUAUAAUGCCUAGACGAUGCAUUGAAUGGCUAGGCAUUAUAACCAAUGCCAGAUUUCGUACAUUACCGAUAACCUAUACAAUGAAUUUUAGUAGUUAUUUCCUAUACUCAGAAUUGUUUGUAGAUUAGAAAAUAAAAACUACUCUAAAAUUUCUGAAUCAACUUAUUAUUAUUUUCAAGCGCCAAUAAUUUGAUCUGCAGAAGAUAUAGGUUAAACUUCAGUACAUUAAAAAAUAAUGAUUAACAAAAAUGCAAGAUACCUGUUUGAACUAAGAACACUUCCGCGUUACAUCAAGAAACUAAUUCGAAAAAUCGACUUUACUGAGAUAAAAAGAACUCUUACUUGUUCUAACCAACCUUAGUUCGUUCAAGUCUGUGACGUCCCCCAUAGUUAUUAAUGAACAUGAAUUAAUAAAAGUCAUAAAAUAAUGCUAAUUGAUGGGUGGUUUUGUGCAUUCUGCUAUCAAAUAACUGGUUUUUACCGGUUUGCGUCCGGAACGGUUUCUGGGAUAGAACGCAAGAAACAUGAGAGCGAACUUACUUACAACGACAAAAAAUCAUUUUGUCAAUGAUGCCAAUUCAAAACUUUUAGCAUUAAAAUUUUUUCCUCCAUGUGAAACUUAGGAACGUUUGGUAAAUGCAUAUUUCGAUUUUGAAACUUAGUGUGCUUUUGGAAGAUUACAAAAAAUACUUCUAAAUUUAACAAUAAACAUUCUAAAUUUUCUGGCGCAUUUUCAAAUAUUUAAAAAAAAAAAAAGCUUUUGACAUCAAAUUCAUUUUUAAUUUAUGUUCACUAAUUCGCAACUCCAAUAAACUAUAGAGGGCGCUGCAGCCACUGUCUAAUGGCGGAUGAAAAAGGUAAAUCAAACAAAUGACUUAACUUAUAACUUGCUUUGACGCUUAGUGAAUGACAGUAAUUUUACAUCGUGUUUGUGGGAAGCUUUCUUUUCUAUUCUUCUGAAAUUACAUUACACAACAAACUGUCUGAAGCCUGUAAUUUAUCCCAAGGAAAACACGUGGAAUGCAAUGUUUUACCUUUUUCUUUAGUAUUAUUAAUCACCGCAAGAUAGCGUAUUCGAGCUCUGGAGUUGCGAAUAAUUUUUCCAAACAUUCUAACAAAAUAAUUCUGAGUAUAGGCAUGAAUUCUACAAACUUCGCUUAUUAUAUUUGUGAGCUGUUUGCCGAUUAGGUUUGGCGCCAAUAAUCGCUUUAUUGGCUGAAAAUAUUGGCGAAUGACGAACAGGUGGAUCAUUCCAAAAAACCUGAAGAACUGUCUACAUGGAUGUGUAAUUAUUGAUUCCAAUUUUAAUCACAAUGUCACUUUGUGUUUCUAAAGUGAAAUGUGCUUAAUACAAAUAUUUCGUGCAAUAAUCAAGCAAAGAAAGCAACUUGACUUUAACGAUCAUCAUUGACAGUCAUCUAACCCCACUUUAUAAGAAUGUGUUUCCAAGAAAAGGCACUGUAAUUAUGUAGAAAAGACAUCUCUCACUGAUUCCCAUAAAAUAUCAGCUCACACAAUACCCUAGAAAUUUAAAUUUGAAGCGUUAUAUUAUAUUUACUCUUUUUUAGCUUUUUUUGUGGAUAUAAUAUAAAUAAAGGACUUGGUUUGUCUCAUGAAUAAAUUUCUUCA